AUGACGUCGUCCUUUGCCGAGAAUAUUGACGCAUUUCUUACGCCUUUUAUUGACUAUUCCGAAGCUGCGCCUGAAAUAGGGGCUUUUUCACUCGAUGACAAUGCAUACGGCAAUAACACAUCACCCCUAUACGGAAACAGCAGCGGAGGCCCUGGCAUAUCUUUGCAACGCGCCAAGUCUGACAUUUUGCCAUCCAAUAUCGAUGCACCACUCAAAACAUCUUUCUCUAUGUUCGGCUCGCUGUCAUCGUCGGCGUCCGCUCCGCACACAGAUGAUGUGCCCCUUGGUCUCGAAAGCAGUUCGUCCAACGGCAGCACCAGCUCCAUUUUUAGCCAGUCUAAACCAGCAGGCGAUGUGUAUGAGCCGUUUACGUCUCUCACGCGCUCGAAACAAGGCCCUCGAGCAUACCAGUCAAACAGCACUGACUCUGACAGCGAUCUGGGUGAAAUGAACGAAGCCACCACGUCUUUAUCGACAACUUCGCACAGUCAAGAGCCAACCACCAUCAUGCAGCGAUGUCAGACGCCCAUCACAUCUCCACCCUGCACACCGCACGCGUCAAGCCGCUCGUUGCCUGGAAUGAUGCCAUUCACCACGCCACUCCCCAUGAAUUUGUCGCCGUCACAAGACUCACUUCAACGUCUGCAUCAGCUCCAGCUGAAUACAACCAGUGGCAUUCAACCAGGUGCUUCCGACAACAAACCGCGGUCAGAUACGUGGUCCGAGUCCAUGACUCCGUUCCAUCCCUUAAUGUCCUUGCCAUCAUGGACGAUGCCCACUGCGCAACAACACAGCAUCGAUUCGCAUUUCACGCAGGCGUACGCGUCGCCGUUUUCCAUGCCGGACAAAAGCAUACUGGCUUCACAUGCUUUGCAGCAGCAACAAAAUACAGCGUACGUGGAUCCCACCUCGACCCAAGCGUCAUCGGCGUCGAUGCCGUUGUACUCGCGGCCAUCUAGUGUGGAUGCUACCAACUCACUGUGGUCGCCCAUCACCCCUCCGACAUCCUCGGCAUUGCUUCAGUCCACGCAGCAGAUGCAGCUAAUGUCAGCAUCGCAAAUGAAACCGCUACACUCCCCACCAGCGCGCCGACGAGGAAGCACCACCCGGAUACCACGUAAAACGCAAAGCACACCGCAGUUCCAAGCCCUGGACGGUGACACGCAUCGGACGCCUUCUGUGCCGCCGUCGCCCAACAAAGCACGGAUGGUUCCAAAAACUGUGCGACGACUGGCAAGUCACCGGCGCAUGAACGGGCAGAUAACGACGCCAAACGAGCCCAUGAAAACUCCAGUGGGCGGUCGGCUUCGAAUGCGGGGAUCGAUGGCCGCGUUACGUGAGGCCAAUGCAAUGCAUUCUGUCGCCAAGUCUUCGUCGACGCAGUCGAUGCAUCAACUGCACCAACAGCAGCAGCGCAAACCACUCACACUCAGUUUUGUCAACUAUGGCAUCGAAGAUGCCGAAGAACUCUGCUCGGCUGUUGCUCCCAGUGGCAGCUACAAAGUCCCUCUGCGUGGCUUUAAAGAUUCAGACGACGAAGCUGAGCCACAAGGUGUUGCCACGUCUUCGAGUCCCCAUCCAUCACCCAAUGAGCCGGUCACUCCACACAAUCGGCACUCGCCGCCAUCACUCGCAGCUGAGCCUAUGCCGCUCCCUGCUGUGUCGCUAGCUCCAGAACAAACGAAGCACCGUGCCUCAUGA